AUGGGGAAUGGAGACACAAGCAGUGGUGGUGGGUAUGAUAAUAUCGGAGGCGGUGCAGUCGCCAGAGAUAACGAUUCCGGUGAAGCAGCUACGGCGUUCUUGGAGUCUGAUGUUGGGUUGGGUAUGAACAUGCAGUCUGUAUCAUCUUACCAUUUUAACAAGAUGACCAAUUUCAUGCCUACUGCUCCAUAUUUCCACCAUGACCAUCUUCAUAAGCAUCAAGCUUCUACAGAUAUCAAUGGCGGAUUAGUCUUUGGUAACCAAACCAGUAUCAAUAAUCAAAUUCCAUCUGCGAUUUCUUUGGAACCCUGUUCAGGGUCAGACACAGGUGGGAAAGUGCUUUUCACAGCGACUCAGUGGCAAGAGCUUGAGAGGCAGACGAUGAUCUACAAGUACAUUAUGGCUUCUGUUCCUGUUCCGCCUCAACUCCUAAUUCCUUUAUCCACUCAAUCCAACAAAGUGGGUAUUGACUUGAGGUUCUCAAGUGGGUCAGAUCCAGAGCCAUGGAGGUGUAGGAGAACAGAUGGGAAGAAAUGGAGAUGUUCAAGAGAUGUGGCUCCUGAUCAGAAGUACUGUGAGCGCCAUGCCCACAAAAGCAGACCUCGUUCAAGAAAGCUUGUGGAAAUCCAACCCCACAACACCGAC